AUGAAGGUUCACGAAAUCGAAGAAGUCAUCUCCGUCCAUAAUAUCAUUGGCUCAACUGGUAACUCCUUAUGGCAACGCAGUUUUCUUCAGAGCAGCAAAUCAAGGGAGGUGAAGGAUAAGAUAGGCUGGGUUCGAUCACAGCUUAUUGGAGAAGAUGUGAAGUUAACGACUCCCUUCGGUAACCGUAGGCUCACAUACGCCGAUCACACGGCCACCGGAAGGCCCCUGCUCUGCGUAGAGAACUACAUCACCGAACAUGUCCUCCCUUUCUAUGGGAACACUCACACGAGCGACAGUUUCGUGGGACAGCGUACGACAAGGAUGGUUAAGCAGGCUACAGAGUACGUGAAGAAAUGCGUUCGGGCCGGGCCGGAUUCUGCAAUCAUCUUCUGCGGGUCGGGUGCAACAGCCGCUGUGAAAGGCUGCAGGAGAGUGAAUCGGCUGCAGGAGAUGAUGGGUAUAGCGGUUCCAUCGAAUUUGAAGGAGAGGGCUGUUUUAGCGGAGGAGGAUAAAUGGGUAGUGUUUGUUGGACCAUGGGAGCACCACUCUAACCUUCUCUCAUGGCGUCAGACAACGGCUGACGUGGUGGAGAUCGGCCUCGAUGAUAAUACUGGUCUGGUCGAUAUGGAAGAGUUGGAGACUAAGCUUGGCCGCAUGAUGCGCGCUAACCGGCGCAUGUUGGGCUCAUUCUCCGCGUGCAGCAACGUCACCGGUGUCCUAUGCGACACGCGUGCAAUCGCUCGACUGCUGCACCAAUAUGGUGCUUUCGCUUGCUUUGACUUCGCCACCAGCUUCCCUGCUGAUAAUAGUGAAAAAAAAGAAGCAGGAAAGCCACUAAGUGGUCGGUUUGUGGCGAAGCUGCUCAAUGAUCUUUUUGGCAUCCAGGCCAGGGGGGGCUGUUCCUGCGCAGGGCCUUACGGACACUAUCUUCUUGGAGUGGAUGAGAAUUUGUCUCUCGGGAUUCGAUCGUUUGUACAAAAGGGAUACGAGGGAUUGAAGCCUGGAUGGACGAGAGUCAGUUUUUCCUACUACAUGACCGGCCAGAAAUUUAACUUCAUUCUCUCUGCCAUCGAGUUCAUCGCCGCCAAUGGCCACCGUUUCCUUUCGCUUUAUGAUUUCGAUUGGAGGACAGGGGAUUGGGCUUAUGGAAAGCCAUUGAUCCCAAAUUACAUUACUGGAAUAAAGAAAGGGAAAAUAAAAGAAAUGAUAGGCUUUCAAAAAAGAAAAGAAUCCAAUAGGUUCGCAAAGUAUUUGAAGAGAGCUUCGAAAAUUGUGGUCUCUCUUCCGGAGAAGCCGCGUACGAGAAAAGUCCCGGAAGGUGUUGACAGUGACAUGAUAUUAUUUAUGAUCUAG